GAUCCACGUCACUCACGUGUGCACGCAGUUCGCGCUCUCGAGGCAGUGCACACUACACAGUGAACACUAAUCACUGCAGAGCCAGUCUGUGUGUCAGGAGCAGCGCGGGUUCAGACUCCACUGAAGACAGAGAGACCGUGAAAGAGUUCAGAGGCCCCUGCUGUCACCCAGCCUGCACCAUCAGCUACAAUGAGUGCCAAAUCGGCCCUCAACAAGGCACUCUUUAUUCCGAAUGAUGAGAGGCUGCUGGCAGCCGUGCAGGUGAAGAGGAGGACCAAGAAAAAGAUCCCGUUUUUAGCUACCGGAGGCCCUGGUGACUACACCACAUUCGUUUGCUUAUCAGUGACCAAUAAGAAGCCAGCGCAGGUGUUCCUCACGAAGGUGAAGCAGUUUGAAGGCUCGUCGUCUUUCGUCAGGAGAUCACAGUGGAGCAUCAGUCAGCUGCGGCAGGUCAACGGCAUCGACUCUGUCCGAGAUUGCCCAGAGUUUGACUUGAUAUUUGAGAAUGGAUUUGACCAGUGGACUACGGGUUCAGCUGGAGAGAAGUGCAUGUUUGUCCAGAUCCUGCAUCACACGUGUCAGCGGUUCAUCCCCGAAAGAAAACCGGAGUUCAUCAACUGCUCCUCCAAACUGCUGGGAGGGAACAGUAUCCUGCACGAGGCAGCAGACAGCGUGAGCAGCGCGGUGCAGAAGGCCAGUCAGGCGCUGAACGAGCGCGGCGAGAGACUGGGGCGCGUCGAGGAGAAGACGGGCCAGAUGAAGAACAGCGCUCAGCAUUUUGCCGACACUGCACACAAGCUUGCCAUGAAGCACAAGUGUUAAGCCUUUGCCGCACUUUUGGAGAAUCUGGUACACAUUCCUCACCCCUGCUCACCCUCUGCUAUCAGAGAGCAUCAUGGGACGUGCAUGAAGUCUCAUAUGAAGGACAGUGUGUAUCAACACGGCUGAGGCCUUGAGAAGAUCAUGCCUCCCAUGUCACUGCAAGCUUAAACCAAGCCUUACUCCUGUGUCCUCACUCAGACUGACCUUAACUAGCUUUUUAAAAGAUUCAUAGAAAAGAUCUCAAAUAGUUUCAAGGUUCGAAUGCCUGUUGAUAUAUGAUAUCCCUUCUUUUCUGUUUGCUUGAUUGUUUUAACCUAUUGAGUGUGAUAUAAGUGCCAUCGUGAAAUAAUUUCAGUGAGAUUAUUAGAGAAAUAUCUAUUUUCUUUUGUAAAAAUUCAUCUAAAGCGUUUGAAAAGAAAUAGCUUUUUUUAGCAUUUUGCUGAUUUAUUUUUACUACUAAAAAUAAAGUUCUGAUGUUAAUUUUAAUGGUGCAGCAACUCACAUUUUAAAUAAUGUAGUUGAUCUUAAAUGUUGUGUUAAAUCUACAGAGAAGUGCCCCGAGGAAAGCAGAUCCACACCCUGAGAUGUGUUACGCUGUAGUUCAGGAAGGGUUGUGUCUGGAUGUGUGAGUUCACGUACAGCUGAUCCGGUCAGCAGUCAAACAAAAUAUCACGUGGCUAUGGUUAAACUAGACUACAAGUGUAGUGUUCGUUUCUAAACCAACUGAUUUGUGCGCUUCUUCAACUACCAAACGUUUGAUUUUCUUUCUUUAUUUUCCUGUACAGCUCAGACUACAGAUCUGAACUACUGCAGAAACAUGCACUCACAUACGCACAACAUAAACUCACAGUCUUCUGUGUUAGGGAAUAUUGCAGGUUUCUGAGGAGCAUAAAAAAUUAGCUCUUUUUAAUUUUUUUCUCAAACUUUACAAAAAAAUACACGCAGCUAUCAAAAUAACAUGUAACAUGUAACAUGUAACAUUAAUUUUUACACAUAAAUGAUGUAUUGAGGUGAUUUGAAGUAUUACAAUUUUAUCUGGUCAAGUAAUUGCCUAAUGCAUUUUAAACAGGUUUUGUCUUAAGAAAAAAAAAAAGCAUAUGGCUUAUACUUCUUUAUUGUAUUUUGCUAUGUUAUUUUCCCUUUUGCAGAUAGAUAAUGAAAAAGUGACCAAAGUCUGUAUAGUUCUCAGUUUUAUGUUGUGCAUUUAAUAAUCAAAUGAUUCAUAAUCAUUCCCAUUAAAUAUACAUAAUCAUAUCUGUGCAUAGAACCCUGCCUUAAAAUUGCAUUCAGAACACUGCCUUCCUUCAUAUAACUCAUGAUUUCUAGUGGCAUCAGCAGUCAUAUGGUUUGUUUUAUGGCUGUUGAGAGCAGCUCUGAUGUACUGAUGUCUGACUGCGUGGCUGGGGAAUACUGCCAGAGACUGGCGUCAUCGUCACAGAAAAACAGAUGAAUUAUCAAACUGUCAUGUGCAUCCCAGGCCUAGAUGUUCAUGUUUUUCAUGUUACGCUUUCAUGAUGAAAAACAAACCGUUUGCAGUGAUCUGGCCAUAUUUUUGAGAAUGUAGAAUAGCAUUAUCUCAGUCACUAAGCUGUAAGCCUUUUUUAUUAAAGGGAAUAUUAAGAUAUUGUUUAAGCUUUAAUGCAGUGUGCCUGUGCUACUGUGUGCUAAAUGGAAUAAAGAAUGGUAAUAAAUGA